AUGUGUUCGGAGGCAACGAGAAUUUCUUCUCACACCCACCGUGACGAGGCCCACCCCACGAGAUCCGAACGAGUAUCAGGCACGAUGAUUGAUCGCUUCUGCACCGACGGAGAAACGCCGCCGCGACCGCGUAACAGCUUCCCAUGGGCUCAGCUCCUGUCGCGUGUUCCGGCGGAGUGCGCACAAGCUUAUGCUGCCACCAAUGAGAUGCAGCAUAGCCCCACCUCCUUCAUUGUCAUUGGAGUAUAUAAGGCUGGGCACAUGGUUAAGCACCACAUAGAUCGCAGAAAUUAUCAGCAGCCCGUCUCUGAUUGGAUACCUAUCUUGCCAGGACCGAGUGGGUCUGGUGGCGAAGGAACCCACGCUGAUAAGGUCUCGCCUGGUGAUAGGCACACCUGCGCCCGUAACCCUGAGAGAUUUGAUAAUGAUAACACCUCAGCUGGUCUCCCCCCAAGGCUAACCAUCUCUGUCAGGCCCGAUAACCACCUAUCUCAUGGUGUUGAUUAUCAUCACCCCGGACUGUCAAUUAGAAUGCUAGGGGGUGUUGAUAUCAUUCCUGCAGUCGGCACUGGGCUGAUCAACGCAAUAAUUAUGCCACGAUCGCCAACUUUGCUGAUACCCCGCGUCAUCGGAAACCUACGAAGAGUUGUGCUUCGGGCUGACAGGGAAGCGGUGAUCGCCGCCGCCUCUAAUCGCUAUCACCAAGUUCUGCCAUGUGCCAGCCCGUCCGCGAAGCUUCAGCUAAGCAUAUCUGCGCCGAGCGAUGUAGACUUGGCAAGCAGACAUGUGAAGUUGGAUGCUUUGCAUGAUACGAACCCCUUAGCGCGGGAGCCCUUAGAUUACUACUGCCAGGUCAUAGCAGCAUCGACCCCGGAAUGUCUGCCUGUUCUGGCCACAGCCGUCAUCAGAUUGAGCGAUGAUUCUAGGUCGAGUCUGGAGGAUGGAGUGUAUCUAUCCUCCACCUGGCACCUGACACCUAUCGUCAUGGAAGGCUAA